GUAGAAUUGCGCUCAUGGUUUAUAAUGAAGCGAUUUCCACUUCAAUAAAUUGUUAAGAUAUCACAGGAGUAUCCAUUUAAUUUAUUUUAUAAAUCAUAUCGAAGAAACUUUCUCGAACGUCUUGCAUUAUUUAAAAAAUAAGCCUAAAAAUUAUAUUUCUACAUAAACAUUUUUUUUUUUACUUAAAACUAGUAAAAUGUUUAAAAAAGUGUCGAAAGUUAAAUUAAAUAAUGGAUUUGAAAUGCCUAUGAUUGGUUUAGGUACAUACGCGCGCAAAGCAGAACCAGGCCAGUACAGACAGGCUGUAGAAUGGGGUAUAGAACUUGGUUAUAGACAUAUAGAUACUGCAUCUUGUUAUAAAAAUGAGCAAGAGGUAGGAGAAGCAAUUGAAAUGAAAAUAAAAGACGGAUUGGUUAAAAGGGAAGAUUUAUUUGUAACAAAUAAGAUCUGGAAUGAUCAUCAUGCUGAAAGCGAAGUCAUACCAGCCCUAAAGAAUUCUUUGAAAGAAAUGAAAUUGGAUUAUUUAGAUCUGUUUUUAAUCCACUGGCCAGUGUCAAUUGAUGCAAAGGGUGAAGAUACUGCAAUAGAUUACAUAGAAACAUGGAAAGGUAUGGAGAAGGCAGUAAAUCUUGGUCUUGUAAAAUCCAUAGGUGUUUCGAAUUUCAACGAGGAGCAACUGAAGAGGAUUCUUAAACAUGCAAACAUCAAACCGGUUGUUAAUCAGUUUGAGAUAAAUCCAACAAUAACUCAACAUAAAUUAGUAGAUUUAUGCAAGGAGAUGUCUAUUAUUCCAGUGGCAUAUACUCCACUAGGUCUUAUAUCUGAAGCCAGACCAGAGUUUAUCGGGAAAGAUGUAAUUAAAACUGAUCCAAAAUUGGGGGCGAUCGCUGAAAAAUAUGGCAAAAGUCGAGCACAAAUUGCUUUAAGAUAUUUAACUCAACGCGGCAUACCCGUCCACCCGAAGUCGUUUACAAAGUCACGAAUUGAGGAGAAUUUGAACAUCUUCGAUUUUGAGUUGAAUAAAGAAGAAAUGAACAUUAUGGAAAGCUUCAAUUUGAACCAUAGAUGUGUUCCUGGACGAGCUUUUGAAAAAUAUACAUAUUAUCCAUUCUAAGCUUAUUUGCUGUAAAUUCUAUAUACAUUUGUUAAAAAAAUUAUGUAUUUCUGUGAUAAUAAAGAUACAUUUUUU